AAACUUGAUGUGAUACUUAAGCUGAAAAGAUUAAUUAAAGACAAAUACGGAGUAUGAGUUAUGAAACUUAUGACUUUUUUUAUCUCCAAAGGGCUGAUUUCUUCGGGUUGUAAAAAGCGAAGUAAACCAAAGGUGCGGUUUGUUAAAUGGAAUAGACUCUAGAAUCAGCUUAAAUGAAAUGUUGAUGCUUCGUAUAUACCUGAAUGCAAUCAAUUUUCCUCGAGGCAUAUGUGGAUGAAGGUUUAGCUGAGAGAUUUCAAGAUGUUUUAAAAGCUGCCGAUCAGCCUCUGUAUGCUGAUUGUGAGAGAUACUCUCAGCUAUCCGCCGUUACAGAGUUUAUGAACAUAAAAGUUGGAUACAAUCAGGGUCGGUCCUGUCCUGUUUUGGGCCUAUGGGCGAUAUACUAUUUUGACCUUACUUCCUAGACAAACAGUAAAUUAUACUUACUUAAAGUAAAAAUUACGGAGUAUAAUAAAACUAGGAUAAAUUACUCUAAAUACGACUAAAAACGUUUGUAUAUUCCUAACUAAGAUUAUCAUGUUUUAUUCUCUAAAUGGAAGUAAUAAAUGUCAUAUUUUGGCAGUAUCGGUAUUUUUUUACACAUGGUAGUAUUUUUCGAACAUGACAGUAAUUACUCCUAUUCAGAAAAUAAACACACGACAGUCCUAUUUUGAAAUUCUAAAAAACGAUUACUCCUAUUUCGGGAAUUCUCCCUACAACUAUCUAAUACUCCGUAAAGGUUAUAAAAUAAAGAUGAAAUUCACCUUCAUAUUAUUUGAAUUGCAUAUUUGGACAAAAGUAACAACGUAACACAUGUAUCACAAAAGAACAUUGUGAAGUAAAAUCAUAAAUAAUUGCUGUAUAAUCAAUCUUUUCCAAGAUCACACGUGCAAUGUUUAAAAUUGUCAAUCCAUUAAGUUUUUUGAGGCAUAAUAGAUAAUUGGGAUGAUGUUUGAGAAUUGUGAGGCACCGGCAUCCCAAACACAGUAAUAUAAAUUGGUAAUUUUGUAAUUAAAAGAGUAAAAAAUCUUAAAGGCUAAAAAGAUGUGAAGAGACGUGCUUUUAUUGAUUCAACAACAAAUGUGUUGACUUACAACCAACUCUAUUUAAAAAUCAAAACUAAAUUUAUAUUCUUUUUAAAAACUUGUCUAGCUUUGUUCAAGACUUUUUACUUAGGUUUUAAAAUUCUCAAAUUGUCAACAAAAAUUAAACAUUAGGCCUAAUUAAUUAAUUGAAAUUAUAAAUAAAAAAAGAAGCAUACUUAUAUUACAUAUAAAGAAAAAAAAUUAGGCCUAAUUUUUUUUUUCCUACUUUUUUCGGGCCUAAGGCGGUCGCCCCUGCUGGCCUCCCUCUAGGACUGGCCAUGGAUACAAUCUCCCUGAAACUUGCAUGUCCAGAGUUUUGCAGUAAGUAGGAGGAAUGCUACCGCGUGAUCAUAGUCUCCCCGAUUCAUAAUAUAUUACGAGAUGGCUAUAAUAAAUGUACACUAGGAAGUGACGGUUAUUGAGUCGAGAAAGCAUAAGCAGAGGAAGCAAUGGCGAGAUAUUCGAAGAAGGUGAAAGUAGAGGAAGGAGAGCCCAUCGACGGCGCUCAAGCCGUAGCCCGAAGAUCGGGUCCGUGACUACGCUUAGUCACGGAAAAUUGGCUGUGACUAGAAUAGUCACGCCCGAACAGUCACGGAUUUAGUCACGGAAAAAAUCCGUGACUAGCAGAGUUAGUCACGGAUUGUUUAUUCUAGGGUCCGUGACUAAAUCCGUGACUACGUCCGUGUUUUUUUGUAAUGCCUUACAUUUUCUCACCAAACGCAUAUGACAUUUUUUUCUAAUCUCUUCUCUAGUGUCCGUCCUGAACUCCUGACCUUGUCUUCCAAGCUCGAUCUUUUCUUUUGCAAGAUGUAUUAUAUCUUCUUUUCAGUCACACUCUCUUUUAUAUGCUUAUUACAACCUAAUAUCGAAGGUAAUCAUUCUUAUGCGAAUAUUCACCUGUUCCCAUAUCCUUAAAUUUCACAUACUUAGUAUAACGUUAUGUCACUAUAUACUUAGAUGUUUACUUAAUGGUUCUUUACUUUUUAGUUUAAGUCUACCUUUAGAAUCAUGGUGGAUAGAUCUUGGAUGUAUUCUGCUCCAAGAUCAAGUGAACAGUUCAUAAAUGGAGUGGAGAGCUUUAUCAAAUUUGCUUUUGAGAGAUCAAGUCAAAUUUUAUCAUACUCGAGGGGAAGUAUUUGAUCAUCUAAUAUGUAAUGGAUUCUGAAAAGAAUACACAAAAUGGAUAGAUCAUGGAGAACAUCAAACAUCAUCAUUUUCAAGGUCUGCGCCUAAUAAUGUAGCGGAGACUUUUAGACUUGACACACAAGGACUAUUAAAUGAUUUAUUUUCAGUGGCCCAUGAAGAAGUAGGUACACCUAAUAUGGAGGAGUGUGAAGGGAGUACGGGUUUGGGUAACUUCAGUGAUCCAGAGAGCUAUGAAACUAGAGCUGACAAGUUUUUUGACCUCUUAAAGGAAUCUGAAAGGAAGGUAUAUCCAAAUUCAAAGUAUAGCAAGCUUUCUUGUUUGGUACACUUGUUCCAUUUAAAGUGCUUGAAUGGUUGGAGCAACAAGUCAUUCACUAUGUUACUGGAGUUCUUACAAGAUUUGUUGCCAGAUCAAAAUUUGAUGCCCAAAACAACGUAUCAAGUUAAAAAGCUACUUGGAGACCUAGGUUUAGGCUACGAAAAGAUCCACGCAUGCCCAAAUGAUUGUAUGUUGUUCUGGGAUGAUACUGAGAAAGAAAAUGAAUGUUCAAUUUGUGGACAAUCAAGAUGGCUUGCUUCUACAGAUAAUACUGGUGAGAUAGUAAACGCCCAAAAUAAGAAGGCAGCAAAGAUUUUGCGUUGGUUUCCUUUGAAACCAAGGCUUUAAAGAUUGUUUAUGUCUUCAAAGACGUCUAACCUUACAAAUUGGCAUCAUAGUAAACGCAUAAAUGAUGAAAAAUAGAGACAUUCGGCUGAUGGUGCAGCAUGGAAGGAUUUUAACAAGAAUUAUCCUGAGUUUUCCAAUGAUCCACGCAACAUUCGGUUAGCACUUUCAAGUGAUGGAUUUAACCCUUUCAAGACAAUGAAUCUUAAAUAUAGUAUUUGGCCAGUUUUUUUUUAAUUUCUUGUAACUUACCUCCGUGGCUGGUCAUGAAACAACCCAAUUUCAUUCUUUCUUUAAUUAUUCCUGGAGCAAAAGGCCCUGGGAAUAAGAUUGAUGUAUAUAUGCAGCCAUUGUUGAAAGAGUUAAAAGAGUUGUGGGAGGAUGGAAUUGAGACUUGAUGUGACUACUAAAGAUAAGUUUCGGCUGAAAGCAGCAUUACUUUACACAAUUCCUGACUUUCCUGGAUAUGCAAACCUUUCAGGAUGGAGUACCAAGGGAGAAUUUGCAUGUCCUAUAUGUGGAUUUGGUACUGCUUCAAAAUGGCUUCAAUUUGGAAGAAAGUUUUGUUAUAUGUGUCAUAGGAGAUGACUUCCAUCUAACCAUAGGUGGCGGUUUGAGACUCAAGCUUUUAAUGGAGAGCAAGAGCUACAGGUCACACCUACACCUAUUUCUGGGCAUUCAGCUUUUCAACACUUAGACGAGCUUGAGUUUGUGAGUUAUAAUGUCAAUAAUGGUCCAUGAAAAAAAAGCAUUUUCUUUAUGUUGCCUUACCAGAAACAUUUAUUGUUGCGUCAUAACCCAUAACCUUGAUGUCAUGUACAUAGAAAAAAUGUGUGCGAGAACAUUUUUGGAACUUUGUUGGGACAGGGUAAAAAGUCUAAAGACAAUUACAAAUCAAGAUUAGACUUACAAAAAAUGGGUAUAAAAAAAGAACUUCACCCGAAAAAGCGUCAAGUGAGCAAUAUAACGUGCUUGCUCGAGCAUGCUACCAAAUGACUUGAUCAGAAAAGGAGGCUUUCUUGAAAACUCUUGUUGUGUGCAAUUGAAGGAUAAAAAACUUUUAGGGCUAAGAAGUUAUGAUUGUCACAUGUUGAUGCAAGAAUAUCUACCUAUUGCCUCAAGGGGGACAUUGCCAGACAAUGUUUCAUCAAUUAUCAUUGAACUGUGUGAUUUUUUUAAGGCAAUUUGUUGUAAGAACUUGUCUAAACAUGACAUCCAGUUUCUUGAAAAGAAGGUUACACUAACCUUAUGCACAAUUGAACUAUGUCCUUCUUUCUUUACUGUUAUGGUGCACUUAGUGGUUCAUUUGGUUGAAGAAUUGAGGAUGGGAGGUCCAGUAACUUUUAGGUGGAUGCAUUCUGUUGAAAGGGAACUUCUCACACUGAAGUCAUAUGUUCAUAAUAGAGCUUAUCCAGAAGGUUCAAUCACUGAAGGUUAUUUAGCUAUGGAAAGUUUAACAUUUGUCUCUCGCUAUCUCUCCGUUGUUGAGACAUUGUUUACUCGACCUGUGAGAAAUGACGAUGAGGGUGAGCAUAAUGAAAUUGAAGAGUUAAACUCACUUUGUCCUGGGCGUCCAUUAAGAAAAAGCAGAGAUUGUAAUGUCUCUUUUCGAAAGAGAAAGAGAGUAUCUCGUUGUGUGCUUUACAAGAAGUUGCUGAUACAAGCACAUCGUUAUGUCUUAUUUAAUGUCGAGUUAGUCAUGCCAUUUAGAGAGGAACAUAAAUCAAUCGUUAAGAAUUGAAAUAGUUCACGGCGACGACCCGAAUAUGAGAUUGAAAGACUUCAUUGCCAAGAAUUUAAUGAAUGAUUCCAAAAAGGGUUUCUCGUUUAGUAGAAGAAGGUGAUGCAAGAGUGAGUGAGGAAAUUAAAUGGCUUGCUCUUGGCCCCCACACCUCUGCAAAGACAUAUUGUGGUUAUUUUGUUAAAGGGUAUCGAUUCCAUACAAUGGAUCAUGAGAAAUUCUUGAAAUCACAAAAUAGUGGCGUUGUUGUAACGGUAAAGAGUGAAUGUUAUGCUAGCUCCCGUGAUAAACAACCAGUUCUUGGUAUGAUCAACUAUUAUGGCUCAUUGAAAGACAUAAUUGAUUUGAACUAUUCUGGUAAACUACGAGUGAUUUUGUUCAGAUGUGAUUGGGUUGAUGUGAAUAGAGGUGUGAAGCGAGAUGAUAUGGGUACAACGCUGGUUAACUUUUCGUAUUUGGCACACACAUGAACAAAUGUGCUUGAUGACCUCUUUGUUCUAGCCUCACAAGUUGAGAAAGUCUUCUAUGCUAGAGAUUGCAAGUCUAAGGAUUGGUUGGUUGUUAGGCAUGUCAAAGUUAGGGAUAUGUUUCAAAUGGGAAAUAAUGUUGAUCAUAGUAUACAUACGUCAAAUGAUGCAAUAUUUGAUGUACCAAACCUGCACAAAGUUGGAGUUGAUGAUGAUAAUGGAGUUGAUGUCACUCCAAUGAUGGAACAAGAAGUUAUGCAUGAUGAAGAUGAUGAAGAUGAAGAAGAUGAAGAAGCUAGCAUUGCUG